AACCUCACAUUCGCUACGUCAAUAUUUAUCCUCAAAACACGUUUUUAUCCAAACAUGUGAAUAAAAACCUUGGAACAAACAACUCUUGAAUAAAACACGGACGGUGUGUGUAUAUGGUAUGUUACAGAAACUGACCAGCGUUGUCGUAACCGCAACAAGGAGCCUGUGCCUCCAAAAACAGCCGCCGAAGCCCGCAUUACAAUUCUUCCCGUUCAGCAUGAAUAAGUCAGCGAAAAAACCUCGCUACGACGGCAGAUGCAAAAAAAGACAAUGGGAGGAUCGACGAUCGGACAAAAUCGAGACGGACACUGACGGUGCCAAGCAACCAAAGCUGGAAACUUUGGUGCCCCGCAAUGAAAACGAUGAAAGGUUGAAGCGCCGUAAAUACGUACUGCUCCUGGGAUAUUCCGGCGUUGACUAUUAUGGCAUGCAACGCAACCCAUACACAAGGACCAUCGAAGAAGAUCUACUGAAAGCUCUGCGAAAGGUGAACCUGAUCACAGAUAAUUGCUACAACCAGGUACAAAAUAUGCAGUUUCAAAGGGCAGCCAGAACUGACAAGGGUGUUUCUGCAGCUCGACAAGUGGUGUCCAUGAAAAUGUACGAGAACGUGGAUAUAGAAAAAAUCAAUGAAAAUCUACCGGACGCGAUUCGAGUGUUUGCAUACAGAAGAGUGACGAAAGGCUUCAAUAGCAAAUCGCAAUGCGAUGGCAGGACUUACAUUUACAUAACGCCGACCGUUGCGUUUGCCAAACACGGCGAGCCAGCGUCCCAAACAGACUACAGACUGGAUGAUGAAACACAUAAGAAAAUCAAUGAUGUAUUGAAAAAGUUUGUAGGGACCAAAAACUUUCACAACUUCACAUCAAAAAAGAAAUACAACGAUCCUAGUGCGACGAGAUUCAUUAAAUCGUUUGAAUGUGAGAAACCUUUUGUGAGGGAUGGAGUGGAGUUUGUGGUUUUGAAAGUGUAUGGACAGAGUUUCAUGCUGCACCAAAUUCGAAAAAUGGUCGGACUUUUACUGGCGGUAAUUAAAGGUAUCGGAACGGAGGAAACGCUCACUCAAGCCUUCACAAAGGAGAAACUAAUUGUGCCUCGAGCUCCUGGAUUAGGGCUUGUAUUAGAUUUUGUCCAUUAUGAAAGGUAUAACUAUAGAUAUGGUGAAGAUGGCAUGCAUGAAAAAUUAUUGUGGGAUGAUGUGGAAGACAAAGUGCAAGAAUUUAAGGAGAAAUUCAUUUAUCCUACUAUAGUUAACACUGAAAUUAAGGAGGAAAGUAUGGUAAACUGGAUUAACAACAAAUUGGCCAGGCAUUCUUAUAAUGAGGAAGAUGAAGAUGAUGAUGAAAAGGACGAGAAUGAUAGCGACGACGAAGACGGGAACAACGGAAAAGGUUUUAAUGGAAAUGUUACUAAUGAAAAAGUAACAGAAGGAGAAUGUAAAGUAGAGAAGCUUAAUUAAUACAGUAUGUUAUGUAAUAA